AUGUCGCAGAUGCCUGAGAUGCGCGAGGGCGACUGGGUGUGCCCGGCCUGCUCUAAUCACAACUAUGCAGACAAGGUCCUGUGCAAUCGGUGCAACGUACCGAAAGCCUUGAUCAUGGGCGCGAAAGACUUUCGGCAAGGCGAUUGGAUGUGCCCAGCUUGUGGCAACCACAACUACUCCAGCAAGAUGUCCUGCAACAGAUGCCAGAAGCCGAAGGCCAUGCUCGGAGUCAUGGGCACACCGACCGCGGCACAAGCGCACUCUCAAAACAUGCGCCGGGGGGACUGGAUAUGCCCUUCCUGCAGCAACCACAACUACGCGUCCAAGACGGCUUGCAACAGGUGCAGCCUUCCCAAGGCGGAGAAUGCAAAGGUCACUCAGGCCACCACACCCAGAAACUUCAGGCAAGGGGACUGGAUGUGUGCAGACUGUGGCAACCACAACUACGCCAGCAAGAUGACCUGCAACCGAUGCCAAAGUCCGAAACCAGCAGCUGAAGUUGGUGAGGAAUACGGCCCGGCAACCAAGCUCGGAUCUACUCGCCCCUCGCCCUACGGCUUGGCAUCCGCACCAGGUGGAAGUUGGACGUGCAGGAGCUGCAGCAACGUCAACUGGCCAAUGCGCACAGCCUGCAACCGGUGCCAGCUGCCAAGACAGGAGGCAGAGGCUCCGGAUUUGCAGCCGGGGAACAGCAUGAAUGGAAUGCAAGCCGGCGCCCACGUGCCGCUGAAUGUGCCUCCUUCCCAGGCCAUGGGUUGGGGAGCUGCGCAGAACAUCUUCGCGGCGUCGAUGGCCGGAGCCAUGCCAAUGGGCAUGCCUAUGCCCCCGCCCCCCCCCAUGCAGAUGGGCGCGCCCAUGACGGCCAUGCCUUAUAACACCGGGCCUACGGUGGUGGUGCGCCCGAGCCUUUCUCCUCCGACGCUCUCAUCGAUGGCCGGGGCUGCCCCGCCCCCCCCACCACCCGCCAAGGAGGAGGCGAUGGUUUUUUGCUGCUCCGAAGAUACCUCAAACGAUUCGACCCGAGAGAAGCUACUGGACAUCUCUGGUGCAGUCUUGAACCGGGCCGCGGCGAUGGCGAAUUGCCUCCGGCUGCUGCGGCCCAACUGCGAGGCGGACUUCAUCCAGUCACUCAUCGAGAUGGAAGUCGGCCAGCCGGAGAUGCUCCGAAGCUGGCUCCAUGCUCGUCCCAGGCUGCGGGGUGGCGCAAAGGAUGCCACGGCCUCAUGGCAGGGUGCACUGCAAAUGGCCGAGACUGCCUUGAACUGGAAGGUGCGGAUGCUGGGAGACGUCUUCGAGAACGGCCCAAAGAUCCUGGACUACAUCCAGACGGUUCACGCUGACACUGCUCAGAAGCUCCGUGCUGCCUUCGACAGCUCGGCAGCACAACGCCUUUUCACGGAACUGCGCCGCCCUGUAAGAAUGGAGACGAAACGGCGGCCAGUGCACAUCGCCAUGGUCGCCUCGGUCGGUGUACCCAUCUUUGCGGCCAAGGCUAUGGCGACUGUGCGUUCCGCCUUGUUUUUCGCAAGGCGCCGCCUGCUUCAUUUCCACCUUUUCGCAGAUGGGGCUGGUGUGGGCGCAGUGCACGCAGCGCUGCACGGGCUGGAGCCCGGAUUGGCAGCGCGCGCCAAGCAGUUUGAGGUGCACUCAGAGGAGGUCAUACUUCCUUUCUUCAACAAGCUCGCCCGCAUCAUACCACCGGACUGUCUGGGCUACAGCUCCAAGUUUGGAGACUCGGGCUGGAUCAGGCUUCUUGCACACGAAGUCUUCACGCGGCCGCGAAACUUCACUCAGUUGAUUUACGUCGAUGCUGGUGACUUCGUCUUUCUCGACGACCCGGCAUUGAUGCUUGAGCACGCGCAGGAGUUCCGAGGGCAACAGGUGGCCGGCGGCCCCUUUGGUGGAGCCAUCCCUGUCCAGGUCCUUGACCUUGUCAAGAUGGAGCGGGCUUAUUGGACCCGCAUUGUGCAGAGGAUCGUUUCCCAGGAGGUCAGUCAGCAUGGGGGUGGCGCAUGCGGCUUAGGCGAGGGGCACAUGACUGGGGUGCUGUCCCGGAUCAGUGAGCUGUGGCACGACUUUGACUCACACUGGGCAGUGGAGCCCCGCGAGUUUGGGGGCGUUCAAGGAACCGGUGGCGGGGUUCGAGAUGUCUGGCGCAUGCCAGCGCUCUGGGAUCUGAGGGUCUACCCAGGCCUGCUCGACUGGACAUCUGUUCAGGUCCACUGCCCUCUCUUCAGCGAAGGCUUCUUAAACAUGAUCUUCGAAGGUGAGAUACCUGCUGACUCGGCUGCCUUGAAGUGGGCGCAGCGCGUGGCCAUCGAGGCCUACGACGCCGCGAGGGAGAACCGCACGCUGCUCGAAGCGGGGUACACCUCCGUAUGGAGCCACAACCAGCUCCGAUGCGGAAGCAAAGUCCGGGGCAUCCACUUUGCUCUUAACCUCAAGUCGGUACCUUGGGCGCGAGAUUUCAUGAACUUCUGGGCUGGCAGUGGAGCCCCUGCUUGGGGCUCCGACGUCUGGGACUUUGAGAAGAGGGCCAUGACUAAGGCUAGGUGGUGA